AUGAAGACGCAGAGCGACGGCGACGCCGGUGCCUCGCGCGAGGAGGCCCUCUCCCUUGGCAAGGUUGUGAACUUCUCGUGGGAGAAUCUGACCUACCGCGUCCCCGUGGAGGACGACGACGGCAACGUCACGUACAAGACGCUGCUCUACAAUCUGAGCGGGACCGCCCUCGGUGGGCGUGUCUUGGCAAUCAUGGGGCCGUCGGGCGCCGGCAAAACGACGCUCAUGGGCACCAUCACGGGCAAGCUGUACAAUGCCAAGGCUAAGUUGGACGGGUGUUGCUUUCUGAACAACACAAUCUACUCGCAGCGGUACAAGAAGCUGGUGUCGUACGUCUCACAGGACGAUAUCGUCAUGGGCAAGGAGACUCCGCGCGAGGCGAUCAAAUUUGCGUGUCGUGUCCGCCUUGGGCUGAGCAUGGAGGAGUCGGAGAAACUUGUGGACGAGGUGAUUUCACGGCUCCACAUCACGGAGUGCCAGCACACCGUCUUGGGCAUUCCGGGCAUUUUGAAGGGGGUCUCUGGCGGUGAGCGAAAGCGGGCGAACGUGGGGACCGAGCUUGUGACGAAUCCCUGCGUCAUGCUGCUGGACGAGCCAACCACCGGCCUGGACUCGGUCAACGCCCUGCGCGUUGGAAAAAUGCUUCAGGAAUUGGCAAGGAGGGACAUGCGGACAGUCAUCGCAACGGUGCACUCGCCGUCGUCUGAUUUGUUUGACGUCUUUGACGACCUGCUUCUUCUCGCAAAGGGCCGUGUCAUCUAUCAUGGCCCCACAGAGGACUCUGUGGCCUACUUUGCCAGCUUGGGCUACCAGGUUCCGCCCCGCACAAACCCCAGUGAGUACUUCAUGAACAUCUUGCAGCUUCCAGAGGAGGAACUGUCCCAGCUGUGGGUGGCGUGGGAAGACUACGUCAUGUCACCCGCGGCAAACAACAACCACUGUCUGAUGGUGGUGCAGGGCCCCAUUACGCGCCAGGAUGAGUUCCUGGAGAGCCAGCUGAAAGUGAAGAAGUCCAGCUUUGCCGUGCAGUUUUUUGAGCUUUGGAAACGCUCUUUGCGCAUGUUUUGCCGUGACCCGGCCGCCUUUUUUGGUCGUUCAUUCCAGACACUUUUCUUUUCGGUGUUUCUGGGACUUUUUUACUUCAAUUUGAAGCUGAACCAGCAGGGUGUGCAGGAUCGUGCAGGAGCGCUUUACAUAACAUUGAUAAAUAACUUCUUUGGGGCGUGUAUGCAUGGUAUCUCUGCCUAUCCUCCCGAGCGAGCCGUGUUUCUGCAGGAGCAGGCCAAUGAUUCCUACAAUGCGGCUGUGUACUUUUUUGCCAAGUAUCUUGCCGAAAUCCCGUUUCAGAUGUUAUUCCCAACGAUCUUUGACCUGAUCACAUAUUUUAUGAUGCAUCUUUACCGCUCUCCCGGGGCAUUCUUUGUGAACUGGUUCAUCUUGGUGCUGCUCGCGACCUUCGGGUACUCGUUUGGGUUGAUGUUUGCCACCUUCUUCGAGUCUUCCACGACGGCCUUUGCGAUUGUGCCGGUAAUUUUUCUACCGCUGCUGGUUGUGGCCGGGCUGUUUGCCAACACCCAACGACUGGUUCCCUACUGGGUUUGGCUGAACUAUCUCUCGUUCCCCCGCCACGCGUACCUCGGCGUCUUCGUCAACGAGUUCCAGAGGCUGCACGUCAUCUGCGACCCCGUCACGCCUCAUUGCACGUACCCCAAUGGCGAGGCCGUCAUUGAACAGUUUGGCUUUGAGAACUGGCAGCCCUGGCGUUCGAUGGUGGCACUGAUUGCGUACCAGUUGGGACUUGCCGUGAUCGGCUGCAUCUCGCUAUACGUCCAGGGCAUGAGGCGCCGGGGAAAGCUGGCCUUCAAGAAGAAUCUUGGCUCUCGUGUGGCUUCACCUCGUGCGAUUGCCUCCGCGCGGAGCAACGAUGAGCUGUCCGAUUCUGACGCGACACCGAUGGACGAAAUUCCAACGCCCUCCGUCGCCUACACAGACACGGUGCCUCUCGACAAGGAUGACCCGCUGCACCCUGGGGGCGGCGGCGCCAGGGGGAUGCUCACCACCCCCAUCGUCACGCCCAAAGCGGACACGAGAGGACAGUCGUAA